AUGAGUCAUGUGAAUCAAGUGAGACAAGUGAGUCAAUUGAAUCAAUUAAGUUACAUGAGUCAAGUGAAUCAAGUGAGUCAAUUGAAUCAAUUUAGUUACACGAGUUAUGUGAAUCAAGUGAAUCAAUUGAAUCAAUUUAGUUACACGAGUCAUGUGAAUCAAUUACACGAGUCAAGUGAAUCAAGUGAAUCAAAUCAAUCAGAUCAAUCAGAUCAAUCAGAUCAAUCAGAUCAAUCAGAUCAAUCAGAUCCAUCAAAUCCAUCAGAUCAAUCAGAUCAAUCAGAUCCAUCAAAUCCAUCAGAUCAAUCAGAUCAAUCAGAUCCAUCAAAUCCAUCAGAUCAAUCAGAUCAAUCAGAUCCAUCAAAUCCAUCAGAUCAAUCAGAUCAAUCAGAUCCAUCAAAUCCAUCAGAUCAAUCAGAUCAAUCAGAUCCAUCAAAUCCAUCAGAUCAAUCAGAUCAAUCAGAUCCAUCAAAUCCAUCAGAUCAAUCAGAUCAAUCAGAUCCAUCAAAUCCAUCAGAUCAAUCAGAUCAAUCAGAUCCAUCAAAUCCAUCAGAUCAAUCAGAUCAAUCAGAUCCAUCAAAUCCAUCAGAUCAAUCAGAUCAAUCAGAUCCAUCAAAUCCAUCAGAUCAAUCAGAUCAAUCAGAUCCAUCAAAUCCAUCAGAUCAAUCAGAUCAAUCAGAUCCAUCAAAUCCAUCAGAUCAAUCAGAUCAAUCAGAUCCAUCAAAUCCAUCAGAUCAAUCAGAUCAAUCAGAUCCAUCAAAUCCAUCAGAUCAAUCAGAUCAAUCAGAUCCAUCAAAUCCAUCAGAUCAAUCAGAUCAAUCAGAUCCAUCAAAUCCAUCAGAUCAAUCAGAUCAAUCAGAUCAAUCAGAUCAAUCAGAUCAAUCAGAUCAAUCAGAUCAAUCAGAUCCAUCAUAUCAAUCAGAUCCAUCAUAUCAAUCAGAUCCAUCAGAUCAAUCAGAUCCAUCAGAUCCAUCAGAUCAAAUAGAUUAA